AUGUUGGACAUGCCACUAUCGUUUUACUUUAUCAUUGCUAUAUUUGUGAUACACUUUGUUAGCAGACAUAUAGCCCGCCAAAUCUCACCUACGCCAAGCACAUCAAACAUACCUGUCAUGAUCAACCGCAGAGGCGGCCGUGUCAUUCCCGGCCUGCGUGGUGGACCUGGAGGGCUAUUGGGUAGGCCGAGGGUACCAAUACCUCCACAGGACGACAAGUCGGUUGAAGGCGAACAAUCAUCAUCAAGCACCACUACGGACUCGGAGGAGUUCGACCCAGAUCUUGACGAUGUCCUCGCAGUGAAAGACCUACUCAAGCGUGCCGGCAGUCUUCCAGAUGAGAUAGCAUUGAUGAUCCUGGAUAGUGCCGAGUAUUGGGCUUGUUCUUCGACAACUAUUGAUUAUACGAACUUGCCACAAAAGCACUUGGUUAUCCGAGGAGGCAGGCCAAAUGAGAACCAAUUCCUGGUACGCAGUGAGCCAUUGGGCAUGACGUCCUGGGCGCCUGAUCAACAGGAGGCUUGGCGACUGCAGGCCAUUCCACAGCCUCUUCAGCAUGAACUGCCUCGCGAGAUCCUUGAACAAUACGUUGACAAGCGUCUCGAUGCUGUCCUUGGAAGCCCGUGUCGCAAGAUUGUCUUCAAAAUCCAAUCCACUGACCAAGGCUGGGGAGGUAAUCAUGAAGAUCGUGGGACUUAUAGAGGAUCAUGGACCUGGUUCGAUGCUGGCCUCGAACGUUUCGAAUCCACCACAGAGUCAACAAGUGACUCUAAACACUCACUCAGCAUUCCGGUCAAUGCAUUACGACCAAUCUGGCCAACCAUAACCGAGGACAGCCCCGGCUCAACUACAUAUGACCAUGGUCUUCAUGCCCAACCAGACCACAAAAUACAGUGCAACAAGACUGCGACACGCGGCACCCAAGAUCAUGUGGUUGAAUGGCGUUAUACAGACGAUAUUGACCCUGAGUUCUCAGCGGCCGAUGAGUUAGAAGCGGCUGGUCGUGGACGUGCUACUGGCAACGGAGAGUUUGUCAGAAACUUGAAGCUGGGUGACGUUGUUACAGUAUGGGGCAGGGCCAGGUUUGGAGCAUGGCAUAAUCAGAUCAAGAGAGUUGAACUGAAGGUUUACUGGAAAGCUGUAUAA